CAUAAGAUCAAUCGCGUACCUGGAUUAUGUGACGAACUACACGGCUAAAUACGAUUUGAGCAUGAGUUCGGACCGGUAGAACGGACUAUCAUACGAAACGUAGCAGACAAGCUCAUGAAAGGGCGAAAGCUGUGGCAAUCAGAGAGUCGCUGUUACAUUCAUCCAUGGCAUAGAUACGACAAGACCGUGUGUUCAGACGUUCGAGACCGCAUGUCUUCGAUGAUCUCGUUCAUAGAUUCGGUCAUAGCUGUCACUCUGGAUUACGACAAAAGUGCCUUAGAACCAUUCGUCGAAUUGGUGGAUCAUCAACUUCAGCAUGACGACAUUUACGGAUUCAUGAGUUCCAUUUGGAACUUAUUGGAGAUCCUAGAGCUUGAUGAGGACGACAAGACAAUACAGAGGUACUUAAACAAAUGGGAGUCGGAAGGUAUGUUGGACUUUACUCUGAAACUAGGGUUCAAAGAAAAUGAUCAAUUGUGUCCUUCCAUAAGAGGUGAGCAACCGCAUCCUUUCAGUACGAGUCGAUCCAUCGUAUACAUCUGCGCCGUCUUCCGUCCGAUCCUUUUGCACUGAGGAUGAGCUCGAUAUGGUGGAUAUGCUCGGACGAGCCGAACUGUUGUUGGAAAGUAAAGCAAAGAACGACCAUACUUGUGAUGAUAAUUACAUCUGAACUGUAAUCAUAGAUUGUUGCGG